AUGAUGCGCUCCGUGACCGCCGCGAUCCGCCGCCCAGCGCUGGUGCACCGCGCGCGGGCCGUUGCUUCGACCGCGCAGCUCUUCAGCUCCUCGUCAUCGUCGUCGUCCUCCUCCUCCUCGACGUACAACGCUGAGGCGGCCGCGCGCACGCUCAAGCUGCUGGAGCGCCGCAAGGUCUCGACGGUCGACAUCGGCAUCUUCAAGCGCAAGAAGAAGCCCAUCACGAUGGUCACGGCCUACGACUACCCCUCGGCGGUGCACGUGGACUUGGCGGGCUUCGACAUCCUGCUGGUCGGAGACUCGCUGGGCAUGGUGGAGCUGGGCAUGGACACGACGCUGCCAGUGACGCUGGAGGACAUGAUCCACCACACGCAGGCGGUGAAGCGAGUCGUGCUUGCAUUGCAGGAAGGCGGUGCUGAUUGUGUGAAGAUCGAAGGAGGCAAGGAGCGAGCCGAAACGAGUAAGCAUGUUGCUUCGGUCUUCAAGACCAUCGUCGAUGGAGGUAUCGCUGUCAUGGGCCACAUCGGCCUCCGUCCGCAGCACAUUAGCGUGUUGGGGGGAUUCCGCGCACAGGGACGCACGGCCGCCCAAGCGCGGAUGAUCAUUGAGGACGCGCUGGCAGUGCAGAAGGCUGGUGCGUUUGCUGUCGUCCUAGAGUGCGUCCCAUCCGCGGUCGCCAAGGCCGUGACGGAGCUGCUCAAGAUCCCGACCAUCGGCAUCGGCGCCGGCCCCGAGACGGAUGGCCAAGUGCUGGUCUUCCACGACCUGCUGGGGAUGCUGCAGCACCCGCACCACGCCCAGUUCGUCCCCAAGUUCUGCAAGCGGUACGCGGACGUCGGUGAGCAGAUCCGCAUUGGGCUCGAGAACUACCGCGAUGACGUUGAGAGCGGCCGAUUCUCAAGCGAGGCGUACUCUCCGUACAAGAUGUCGAAAGAGGAGACCCAGAAGCUGCACGACAUGGUCGCCAACGAAUUCAGCGAGAAGUCUGGGGAAGAAACCGACGACGCGGCGGCACAUUCGGAAGUCACGAAGGUCUACUAAGGCCCACAUGUACUUAGCUCUCGAGACGCACGAGCAGGUAAGACGCGUUUGUUAGUGCGAUCUACUUGCUCGACUCGUUUAGAAAUGCAAAGCUUUCAGGGAACGGCGGAUCGUCUCCGUCACUACCA